AUGACAGAAAUUCAAAAGAAAGGUAUUCCACUUGCUUUGGCCAAGCGAGAUGUCCUUGGUGCUGCAAAGACCGGUAGUGGUAAAACUCUCAGUUUCUUGAUACCAGUUCUCGAAUUAUUGUUCAGACAGCAAUGGAAUGCAGCUGAUGGAUUGGGUGCCGUCAUCAUCUCUCCUACCCGUGAACUCGCUGUCCAGAUCUUUGAAGUGCUUAAAAAAAUUGGUAGAUUCCACACCUUCUCAGCUGGUUUGAUUAUUGGUGGCAAGGAAUUCAAAGUUGAACAGGAGCGUAUUUCUCGAAUGAACAUUUUAGUGUGCACACCGGGUCGUCUUUUACAACACAUGGAUCAAUCAGCUGGAUUCACCUGCGACAAUUUACAGAUGCUUAUUUUAGAUGAAGCUGAUCGCAUUAUGGAUAUGGGUUUCCAAAAUACCAUGAACGCCAUUAUCGAAAAUUUACCUCCUCAACGUCAAACGCUCAUGUUUUCAGCUACUCAAACUCGUUCAGUAAAAGACCUUGCUCGAUUGUCUUUGAAAGACCCUGAAUAUGUGGCUGUUCACGAAAAGGCCGAACACAGUACUCCUAAAACUCUCUCUCAACACUAUGUUGUCACUGAGCUUCCCAACAAAUUGGAUAUUCUCUAUUCCUUCAUUAAAUCUCACUUGAAAUGCAAAACCAUCGUAUUCUUGAGCAGUUGUAAGCAAACUCGAUUUGUGUACGAAUCAUUCUGUAAAUUGCAACCUGGUGUUCCCAUCAUGCAUUUACACGGCAAGCAAAAGCAAACAAAACGAGUGGAUAUUUUCAGAAAGUUCACUUCCACUCAGCAUGCUGUUCUAUUAUGUACGGAUAUUGCAGCUCGUGGUUUAGAUUUCCCUGCUGUGGAUUGGGUGCUUCAACUGGAUUGCCCUGAAGAUGCUGAAACUUAUAUCCAUCGUGUCGGUCGUACUGCUCGUUUCGAUGCGGACGGUCAUGCUUUGCUCAUUUUAGUGCCUUCUGAAGUGGAGGGUAUGAUUGAAGAACUAAAAAAGAAACGCGUGCCAAUUGAAGAAAUCAAAAUCAAGAGUAGUAAGCAGCAAAGUAUCCAAAAGCAGUUACAAAGCUUUUGUUUCCAAAAUCCCGAGAUCAAGUACUUGGCGCAACGUGCUUUUGUGGCGUACAUGCGAUCUAUCUAUCUGCAGAAGAAUAAGCAGAUUUUUAAUGUCACAGCUUUACCAGCAGAGGAAUUCGCGCAUGCUCUUGGUUUGGCAGGUGCACCCAAGAUCAAGUUUGUGAAGAAGGCAGAGAAGAAGUUAAUGGGCGCUCAACCCGCGAAGAAGGCCGACACAGAAGAUGAAUCAGAGAAUGAGACAGCAGCAGCAGCAGCAGAGGAGGAGUCUAAAGAUGAGAAAGAGGAACAAGCGAAAGGACAAAAAACCAAAUAUGAUCGUAUGUUCCAGAGAAAGAAUCAGGAUAUUCUUUCAGAACAUUAUAACAAACUGGUCGAUUUUGAGGGUGAUAAGGUGACAUUAGGCGGUGGUAUGGAUGAGGACGAUGAUGAAGAUUUCUUAACUCUCCAAAGAGUCAAUCAUGAAAUUGAAAGUGAUGAAGACGAUGAAGAAGGAGAGGAGGAUAAAGACGAAGGAGAUAUUAAAGACUUGGAUGAUGAAAAUAUAUCCAAGCGUAAAUUAAAGAUGACAAAGAAACACAAAAUCAAGAAUAUGCCAAAGGGUGAGAAGGUUAUUUUCGAUGAAGAGGGUAAUGCUCAUGCCGAAUACGAGUUUAUAAAUGAAGAAGACUUCUUAAAGGCCGGUGAUGCCAAGACACAGAUCAAGGCCUUUAUUGACGAAAAGAGUACUGCAAUGGAAACCGCAGAUAAAGAAGAUAAAGAAAUUGUUAGACAAAAGAGAUUAGAAAAGAAAAUUAAAAGAAAGGAAAGAGAGAGAGCUGUAACAGAAGGUUACUCGGGUGAAGAAUCUGAUGUUGCCUCUGAUGAGGAUAAUGUGUCAGCUAUGUCAGAAGACGAAUCCGAGAGUGAAGAAGAAGAAGAAGAAGAAGAAAAGGCUGACAGAAAGAGAAAAUGGUACGAAGAGCAAGAAAGCGAAUCUGAAGCAGAAGAUACCAAGAAACAAAAAGUUAUCGAUGUUGCCGAACCUCAAACAUUGGAAGAUCAAGAAGCUCUUGCACUCAAGCUUUUGGGUGCUGCUUAA